CCCAGGGCCCGGCUCGACCCGCACCGAGUGAGAGUUGUGACUCAGCCGCCCGCUGGCAACAUCCCUAUUAAUAGUGGGCUCUGUGAAAAUUAAUUAAUCCAAAUUAAUUAGGGGGUUGGGAGGGCCCGAGCGCUCCCCUUUAAUCAGUGGGUAUUUAUAACACGGCAGCCCUGGCACGUGUCCCACAUUCCCACAGGGACCCCGAGCAGGUCCCGCACCCGGGGGGACCCCAGUCUGUCCCCAAUGUCCCCAACCUCACCCGCAGCUGUGACAAAGAGCGAGACUGAGGCGAGCAGCCCCCCCGGGGGGCAACACACGGGAAUUUGGGGUCCCAAAGCCCCAGGGGAGUUUUGGGGAGCGAGGGCAGGGAGGUCCCCGGGUUGUGCUGAGCCCUCGCUGCGCCGCUCCGAGGGCUCGGGGAGGCUCCCACGGGCUGGGGUGGCCCUGUCCCCACCCUGUCACCCAACUCACGGGACAGGAAUUGGCUUCCUGCAGCCCCAUCCGGCCCCGGGAUGACGGGGGGACAGGGCUGGGACAUCCACAGAGCCCCACGUCAGGGGACCGAGAUGGUCUCUUGGGAAAGCGGCGGCUGAGUCAGGAGCGGGACAGGUUUGGGGUGAAUCACCGGCCCCGGAGCCAGGCGGGCCCGUGACUCCCCGGCCCUGGAAUUCCGGGAGCCGGGACGGGGUGAGGAAGGGGCAGAGGCUGCGGUGGCCCCACAACAGGAGGGGGACGUGGGAAAGGCGCCUCCAGGGUUUUUGUCACCCCGGGAUUCCCAGCGGGACCGUCCCCACGGGCAGGGGGGGCUGACCCGGCCUCGGGGACCCCGAGGAGGUCAGGAGGGGACAACAAAGGGACCGCUGGAACCUGGAGGGACCGAGGCCAUCUGGGGACAGGGACCGAGGCCAUUUGGGGACAGGGACAGGGACCAUGGAGGGACAGGAACCAUCUGGGGACAGGGCCCGCACAGGGACUUGGGCCACACAGGAGCAGAGGACCCUGUGUGACAGAGUGACCACGUCCAUCCCCCAGGGAGGGGUCAGUGUCCACUUCCACAUUCCUGGGCUUGUCCACAACCUGUCAGGGUUGGGAACCCCAGCUAGGGCUGGUCCCUGUGGCCACCGCGGUGUCCGGCCCGCCAGUGGCUCCUGCUGGUCCCAUGGGGCUGCUCGGAGGGGCCGUGGGGCAGCAGCAGGUGCCCAGAGCCACCGCUGGUGUCCCCAGAGCCACCGCGGUGUCCCCAGCCCGGCCACUGCCGCUCCUCCCAUUCCCAAGGAUGGAAAAGGCUCUUCCAGAGCCCCGGCGAUGGGAUGGGGAGACAAGAUCGGCCCAGCCCCGGCACCGGCAACUGGAGCAACUGGUUUAGCUGGGUCAAAGUGGAGCAGGGGAGUCGCGGUGGCUGAAACCUGUUCCAAGCUGUGUGUAAAGCUCCUGGCAUGUCCCUCGCUGCUCCCGCUUUGGAAAGAGCUGCUCCUGGGAAUGUGCCAGCCGGGCGUGCUCCGGCCCGGCCGCGGGCUCCGGGACACCCCGGCAGUGUUGGGGUUCAGCCUGGGGCACCUCGGUGCUGCUGUCCCGAGGAGUUUGGGGCUCUGGGAAUGCGCGGCCGGAGCCUCGGGAGCGCUCGGACGCUCCGGCCGGGGCAGCGCCCGGCGGUCCUGGCUCUGUCCCCUCUGUCCCCGCCUGGCAGGGAGCGUGGCCCGGGUUAUUUUUGGGGGUGGCCUGGCGCUGUCACAAGCAGCUGCUGCCCCAGUGACGUUCCCCGAGCUGCCGAGCCCUUCCGGGGACAGGGACACAACGAGAGGGCGACAAGUACAAGCUGAGCAAGAAGGAGCUCAAGGAGCUGCUGCAGAGCGAGCUGGGAUGUUUCCUGGAGACCCAGAAGGACGCGGGGGCCGUGGAGAAGAUCAUGCAGGACCUGGAUGAGAACGGCGACGGGGAG